AUGGCUGGAGCGAGUGCCGUUGGUGCUUCCUAUUCAAAGAAGAUAGCCUUUGUUUAUGUCUUUAAUUUAAUUGUCGGUGUUGGUGCUUUGGCAUUACCGUAUGCAUUCCAUCGGGCAGGUAUUGUGUCCGGAGUGUUAGUAUUGGCAUUGAAUGCAUUUAUGGCAUUCAUCUGCGUUACCUUUGUUAUCGAAGCCAUGUCUUCAUCUAACUUUAUGUUGAAACAUCAAAAGGAGGAACAAACAAGUUUGUUGAGUGAUGAUACAUCUAUUCAUUCUCUAAAUAGUGUGGACAAUAUUCAAAAUUUAACGACAAAGAAAAAGAAGAAGAAGAAAUCGGAAAUGAAUUCACCAGAGCUCAUUUCAUAUGCCACAAAUCCAUUCUCAAUAUUGGAGAGAACUGAGAUUGGAAAAAUGACAGAACAAUUUUUAGGAAUUGUUGGAAAAUCAUUCUUUUACAUUAUUAUAAUUGUGUACUUGUUUGGAGACUUGGCAAUUUAUGCGGUAUCAGUACCAACUUCGCUAUUGAAAGUUACUGGACCAAUGUUUGGAUUGUCACAAAUGGGAACCUACUACAUUUACUUGGGAAUAUUUGCCUGUAUUGUUGUUCCUUUUAGCUUUUUCAAUUUUCAAAAAACCAAAUAUCUCCAAUACGCUACUCUAGCUACAAGAAAUAUUGCCUUCUUCUUAAUGAUUUUACUGAGCUUAAUAUUUAUUAUUGAAGGACAUGGAUCGGCUAGAAAUCUUGAAAUAUUUAAUGUCUCUAUGGAACGAUUUUCCAAGUUGUUUUCAGUUUCAAUUUAUGCCUUCAUGUGCCACCACUCUCUCCCUUCUAUCGUUUCACCAAUUAAGGAUAAGAGAAGAAUAACUAUAAUGUUUUUAUUUGAUUUUGUGCUCAUUUUCAUUUCUUAUGUAUGCUUGUGCUAUGUUGCAGUAUUCGCUUUUGGAGAUCAACCUUUCGAGAAGUGCUCAAAUAGAAUCAGCGAUGGCCCUGCAUGCCAGAUUCAAGAACUUUUCACAUUGAAUUUCACAACUUAUCGAUAUACAAUCAUUGCUGCUUUCUUAGCUCUAUUUCCUGUGUUUACAUUAACAAGUAACUAUCCUCUUAUUGCGAUUACUUUGAGAAACAAUAUUCAAAUUUUGUUUGAAAGAGUGAAGAUUGUUCAUAAUUGGAAGUAUAAUUCCCUUCUAUUUUCAGCUAUUGCUGCAAUCCCUCCUAUCAUUUUAGCAUUUGUAUAUCAAAAUAUCCAAUUACUUGUAUCCUUUACUGGAGGAUUUGCUGGAUUGUUCAUCCAGUACGUUUUCCCUACCUUACUUGUUAUAUUUGGUAGACGGAGAACUUCGACGACAGGGGGUUCUGUUUCUUCACAACCACUAGAACUUGCUACUGACACAAGACUAUCUGCCAAAGUUGUAGGAGUUGCCAAGUCUUUUGGAAAAUAUUUGGUAACCAAACCGGCUGUGGUUUCAGAAAAUCCACACUCAAGUCCGUUCUAUCAUGGGUUUUGGAUUGUUGGCAUUUUGCUCUUCAGUCUUUUUGCUCUUAUUGUCAACAGUUAUGCGCUCAUUAAGUGUGAUAUUAUGAAAAUGUGUCAAUAG